AUGCCUCAAGUCCUUCGCUUUGUCUCGUUUUUGCUUCUUUCCCUUCACUCUAUUUCGGCGAGUCCAGUCGGCGUCGUACCACCAACCUAUUCCAAGAUCCCGUACAACUCAGUCUUAUUCACUCCGCCGUCUCAAAAGCCAAUCCCAAAUCAUCAUCAACCUCUACCUGACGAUACUCUUGCUUCGCACGGCAAGAUCAACCCUAGCCCAGAUCAUCUCAGCCUAGUCAAAUAUACACUCUUAUCAAAGAUCUGCUACCCACUGAUCUCCGAGGCCACAUAUCUGAUGAGCGAUCUCUCACAACAGCUUCUUGUCGAAUAUCUGGAUGGAGUUGCGUUUCCCACGUCAGCCGGGACCCCACUACCAGUCUAUAUUGCGGCGAACAUAACGGAGCAGCUGUACCGUAGACAAUAUGUUCUCAGUCUCGCGCUCAAAUUGACACCAGUUGAAGAUGGAUCGGAUAAGGUCGCGCCAUCCGACUGGCGAUCGAUCAUAGAUUUGGUAGAGCAAAGUGUGGCGGAGCUGUAUCGCACUGCUAGGAUGAUGAACGCUGCGGGGUUGGGAAGCCUUCUGGUGCUCGAGGCUGAGGUCGCAGGUUAUGGUAUACAUGCUGAGUGGAGAUUUUGGAGUAUUGUUGAUGGAGUGGCUGUGAUGUGUGAAGGUUGA